AGUGGCGGGAGUAUCCCGCACGUUGCCAUUUGGGGUGAAGAUGGCGCUCGCAUCUCCCAAUAUAAGGGAAGUGCGAAUGGUCAUAUUUGCAAAGGAGAGACUUGGCAAACAGUUGUGGACAAUUACCAAAACGGAAUGAGGCCAGCGAACCCUAGCUAUAUUUCCGUUGUCAUGCAGGAAAAUGACGCCAUUUGCGUUGCUGCCAUAUCGGUCUCUGGCAACGGCCAGCAGUGGACUUGGACCGGAGACAUGGCUUACACUUGCGGUGCCCAAUGGAUGGAAAGCGAUUACACCUUCCAAGGAUCCAAUGUGCCCAUUCGAUGUGCAUGGCUAGACGCAGAUCAUACCAACGGUGUUAUUGCAAACGGAAUGAGUAUGCAUAUCCAAGAUUUCACGGCCGAUCCGGGUCUGGUUGCACAGUAUCAAGAAAACACGGACAGACUAUGCAAAAAUACCAAAAGAUUCACCUUCUGGCCUGGUACUGUUCCGGAUGCGACGAUCCCAAUAUUCACGCCGCCCUUAGAGUACACAAGGAACACGAACGAAAACAACCCUGACCCUACAGCGCCAGAUAUGUCAGGUUCACUGAAAGAGCCAGAUCGUGGAAAAGAUAGAGGGAACAGGGCCUACCCCGAUGGCACAGACUUGAAGGGCUGGAGCAUUGCCCGCAAGAAACGGCACGCGAAGGACUCCAAGAGCCGCAGAGGUAUCAAACAAGCCUUAAGUGAAACUCUCGUUGUCAGCCACUUCCCCAGCCACAGCGCUAGAGAGAUGUGCGAGGAUCCGAUGGCUUUCAGUUGGGACUUUGUGUCGGUCCAAGAAGGCCUUCUCUGCGACAUGACUCUUCGGAAGCUCUGGCCAGUUUGCACUCCGAGUCUCAAGACAGAGUGCUUCGACGUUUCCAAUGUAACUCUG